AUGGAUACUGAUCUUGAAAACAACCGAAACCAUUUGUUACCUACAGCGAGCAAACUUAUCCAUCCAGCGGGGUAUUUGACAAACCCGCCACCCACGGGCCGGCCCGUCCGCAUCUUUGUGCAUGGCGUUUUUGACCUAUUCCAUACAGGACAUCUACAAUUUCUCGAAGUAGCAAAGAAUAUCUUUUUGGAAACCUAUGUCAUCGUGGGAGUUACGACAGACUCGGACACCCUAAGAGUGAAAGGCCCAACAGUAAUUAAUGCAACAGACCGCGCCGCCAUUGUCAAAGGUUGCAAGUUCGUGGAUGAAGUCAUCGCCAAUUGCGAACCAGUAUUGACCAUGGAAUUUAUGGACAAAUAUUGCAUCGACUAUUUUGCUCAUGCAGAUACCAUGGAUAGCCCAGGUUGGCAAGAUCCAUAUCGCCAGAUCAAAGAAGACGGUCGAUUUUUAGUAAUCCCAAGAAUUAAAGAUUGGGGUUCGACAACAGAGAUUAUUUCUCAAAUCAUUAAAAAUCAAGACGAUUAUCUGCUACGGCAGUUGAAGAACGGCGCCACGUUGGCAGACAUGCAAGUGUCUUGGUUAAAACUUCAAUGGAUCAAAAUACGUCGACAUUUAAAAAGAGCGUAA